AUGUCCUCGUCGCAGUCGGCCACUGCGACUCCGGACAGUAACCAUUCCCCUUCUACUAAGGCCACCGACCAGUUGUCUGCACAAAAUGCUUCCUCGCGAAGCGGAACCAGUGACUCGACUGCACCCAAACUUAACCCUGUUGUAAAUGGUCUCCAGCCCGAAUCAAUGACCACUGCCACCACCACCUCUGCGUCCUCUCCGGCCUCUGAUGCUAUUCCUCAGAACACCACCGCUCCGUCGGCGACUGGAGCCGUUCCAUAUGGCACCCGUUCUAGAAAUCGAGUUGGCGGCGCUCGACCAAACUACGCGGAGGAUCGCGACAUUGAUACCGAAUAUGAGCUUGUUGCUUCAAUGUCGCGGUCUGGCGGUUCCAAGAGACCACCAUCCAACAACCACGGCGCAACGUCCCCAAGCACGGACAAUGACAAGGCAACUGGGGUGAACACGCGAAGACAUGCGACCACAAAUGGCUCGAAUACUGCUCCGCGGACGAAAGAAUCUAUCCCCGGAACGUCGUCAUUUUCUGCCAAUCCCAGUAGCAAUAGUUAUACGGCGACAAAGAAGCGAAAACAACCUGGUUCUCAUCACUCUACUCCUGCGUCGUCCACGCCAAACACCACUUCUCUCUCAUCCACUAAGAAAUUUAUCGCCCCCGCAAACGUGUCCCCCGAAUACCAGAAAACGCAUGUACAGAACAUGUUGACCUUUAACAAUUGUCAGGCAUAUCUAAAACAAGGAAAGCUGAAAGCAGACGAUGGCACUAUUCUUGGUCCCAAUGACCAUGUGUAUUUGGUGUGCGAACCUCCCGGCGAACCCUACUACCUUGCUCGCAUUAUGGAAUUCCUACCAUCCAAAGAUAACCCCGACGGCCCCAUCGAAAGCAUAAGGGUUAAUUGGUAUUAUCGACCCCGCGACAUCCACCGUAACGUUGCCGAUCUGCGCGUCGUCUUCGCCUCAAUGCACUCCGAUACAUGUCCGUUAUCCUCACUUCGUGGCAAAUGCGACAUCAAACACCACUCCGAAAUCACAAACCUCGAUGAAUACAGGAAGUCUAAGGAUUGCUUUUGGUUUGAGAAGAUGUAUGAUCGUUACAUCCAGAGAUAUUACGAUGUUAUUCCGACGAGUAAGGUCAUAAAUGUACCGCAAAAUGUCAAGAAAGUCCUGGAUGAACGGUGGAAUCGUGCGCAAGAGCGAAAGCUUGAGGCAAGAAAUACUCCCAUCAUCGGAGAAGCGUCAGCCGAAACGGAACCAGAGCUUCCAGAGGAAGAAGAAGAAGACCCCGCUGCUCUGGCAGAAACCACCGAACGAAGCACUCCUGCCCUCCCGGACGUAGUUCGACCUGCCACUAGUGAGCAGAUCGCUCAGGCAAAACGUUGGCCUUUCAGGUAUUUGGGAAUACAUUGUCGAGUAGAAGAUGCCUUGGACUAUGACGAUAGAAUAUAUCCACGUGCCAGCUCUCGAAUAGGCCCACGCCAUCAAGCUAACGUUAUCCCAUGGCAUGGCCACCCAGUUCAAUAUGUCAAAGCUGUCGAACCGAAAAAGAGGAACAUCAAGUCUAUGAAUAAAAAAGAUGUUAAACUUUCCAGAGAAGCAAUUGCAACAAUAGAAGCUGAGAAAGCUGAACGAGCUAAACGACCGAAAUGGGUUCAAGAUGAACCUGUGGGGUAUAUUCCUCGCGGAGAAGACGACCCAGUUACCGUGAACGGGAAACAUAUCAACACCGCAGAACUGCUUUUCAAGAUGCCUGACCCUUCGCAACUUCCACCCCGUGGUGAAGAUGAUGCUCCGGGGCCCUCCAUAAGUGAUACCGACCGUGAAAAAUUCAUCGACGAGUACAUGGAAAAAGCCAAAGAAAUCGCCCCUUCUCUCAACGUUGAGAAAUAUUCUACGAACUUCCUGGACAAGGCACUUGCACUUCUGUAUGAAGAAAAUUUUAAUGUGGAAGCUGCACUUACAAGACUGAAACAAGUUAAUAAGUACUCAGAUCUCAAGGAGCCACAUCUCCGUCCAGAAGAGGUUAAGGCGUUUGAAAACGGGGUGGCAAAAUACGGCUCCGAGCUUCGAAACGUGACAAAGCAUGUCGGAACUGUCCCACAUCGCCACAUCGUUCGAUAUUAUUACAUGUGGAAGAAAACUCCGAAAGGUCGUCAAAUUUGGGGCAAUUUCGAUGGACGAAAAGGAAGGAAAGCAGCAAAGCAAGCAGAUAAUGCGUUAAAGCUAGUUGACGAUGUCGCAGAUGACCACGAUGAUUCGGCAUUUGAUAACGAGAAGGCCAAAGACAAGAAACGAGGUUUUACGUGCAAAUUCUGUUCGACGAGGUCUUCCAGACAGUGGAGGCGGGCUCCUGGAACCCCUCCUGGUUCUGCCGUUCCUGCAGACCCGAAACGAGAUAAAGCGGUUCAGAGUCUCACUGUUGCCAUUUGUCAACGAUGUGCUGUUCUCUGGCGAAAGUAUGGUAUUCAGUGGGAAGAUGCUGAUGAAGUCGUCAAGAAGAUUGGACAAGGAGGGAAUAAGUCAUGGCGCCGGCGCUACGAGGAGGAGCUACUGGUUCAACUUCUCACCUCGUCUGAGACCGAUGUCAAAAUCAAUAGCACUACAGCAACAAUAGCAACCUCGUUAGGAAUUCCCGUGACUGCAGAAGUGGUUGCACCCCCUCCGCUUCCUACGGAACCUCCUAAGAAGAAGGUGAAGUCAUCUGAUCAGAACGGCAGCGCUCCUGGAACUACUACACCGGCCGAACCCGCUCCUGCUCCGAAGAAGAAGGUGGUUGAGAAGCCUGCUGAACCCCCGCCAAUUGCUCCCGAGCCACCUAGGGUUAAGACUCUCCCCUGCGCAGUAUGCAAUAAAAUGGAACCCAUGGGUGAUCAGCAUCUGUCCUGUCGUGACUGCCGCUUGACUGUUCAUCGAGCUUGCUACGGCGUGAACCCUUCAUGGAACUCGUCUAAAUGGUUCUGCGAUAUGUGCUUGAACGACAGGAACCCCGCUAUUUCAACGUCGUAUGAGUGCGUUUUAUGCCCAGUUACAUACACUGAGCAUGAGUUGAUGGAACCGCCCAAGGUCUCUCACAAAAAGAAAACAGACCGAGAGCGUGAAAAGGAGCGACUGGAGAAAGAAAUGGUUGCAGAGGCUAGCAAACUUUAUAAAAUACGACAGAAGGAGGCUGGGAAACCGACGGGUCCCCGCGAACCGCUCAAAAGAACUGCUGGAAACAAUUGGGUUCACGUUGCUUGCGCAGUAUGGGUGCCCGAAAUUAAGUUUGGCAAUGCAAAGGAGCUAGAACCUGCUGAGGGAUUUGGACUGAUCCCUGCUGAAAGAUUCCGAGAUACUUGCGAUAUCUGCAAGACGGACCAAGGCGCAUGCGUUUCCUGCCACAACACCCCUUGCAAUGCACGAUUUCAUGUCGGAUGUGCCAGUCGAUCUGGAUACAUUUUCGGUUUUGAUAUCACCCCAGUCAAGAGUAGUCGAAGAGACACCGUUAACACGAUGAAAUUGGGUGACGAGGUGGGUGCGGCUACGCCUGCUAUUUGGUGCCCUCACCAUGCCAUUUCGACCAUUGUCCAUGAAAUGAGUGAGCCUAGUGAGGUUCCGGGUUUAAAUGCACUACAACAUUAUUGUCAGAUUUCCAAGCAAGCCGACCUCACACUAACGGGUACUGUUCGGAAAGCCGCACAUGUCCAACAAUCUGUUGGGGUAUCGGUUCAGAAUGGCUUCCACCCGCCUAACCGACGAGUUUCCGUCAAUGGAAGUGCCCCACACCACACCAAAGAUAAUAAACCGUCAGCAGAAUCCACAACUCCGAGCCAUGGAAGCAGCGUCAUUAGGGAGGCCAAUGGCCAUUCUAUAACCUCUACCGACAAUAAAACGUGCUUCAGUUGCAAAUCCGGAUUCAGUCCGAAGUGGUGGACGGUCGAGUCAUCUUUGGAAUUCUCCGCGCCCGUGGGUGAAAACCGCUUUGUGAUGAACGGCGUUGGCACGACGGAUGGUUCUGGUCCGGCUUAUUCCAACGCAACCCAAACAGGUGGCUCUCCCUUCCAAGCACCAUCUGCUCACGCGGAAAAGGUGCCGCCCGGGCCUACGUUAAACGGGGAUGUCCUUAUGAUCGAUGCGGACCGCACAAUUUCGUCCAAUCAAAACCCGCCGCGAGGCUCUCCAAGGUCUAGAACUCUGCAUGAAUGCCAUAAAUGCCAUAUCAAAAAGCAAUCAACGUCACCAGUAGAACCGGAAGUUCGACCUUCUCCAUACCCCGCAAAGCGGGAUCCAAGCCUACCUGCGACCCGUAUUCCCGAGUUCACUCAGAACCAGUAUUCGCCAUCACCACAUGCCCACCCGGCACCGCAACCCCCAAAUCUACCUAUCCCCUCAAUGGUACAGGUUCAUGGACACGGUGCGGCAGACUGGCGUCCGGACUACGAACAACGGUCGCCCGAUUAUGGUCCAAUACUCAUGCAUCAUAUACCACCCGGUGUUCCUCCACCACCUAGCAUUCAAUCACUUGGACCACGAAAUUUCCAUGGCGGCCCCGCUCCUCCUCCUCCUCCUCCUCCUCCCCAACCACAGCACCUUAAUGGCUAUCACCCUUCUCUCCCACCGCACCACCAAGGUCCUUCUCCGCCCCCUACGCAACACCACUAUGGAAACGGCGUCCCUCCUCCACUCCCACAUUCAUACUCUGCUCACCAGAGCCCAUAUGGUCCAGUUCAGUUACCACCUCCUAAUGGGCAUGGCCCAUCACAACCACCACAGCCACCUCCCCCAGCCACCUCAAAUAGGUCGUACAACUCCUCCGCUACUUCCCCAGUCCCUCAUUUCUCCCCACCGCAUACCCUAAAUGCACUCCAGCCGAACUCUCGUAUGUUCUCAGCCGAGCGACCCGCUGCACCAGGCCAUCAAUCGCCUUCAUCGACGCGUCGUACCCUUGACCCGCCGCGCCCGGCCACCCCUGCAGCUGGGGAUGAAAAUAUUGCACCAUCAGGUAAUACGUCUACGAGGCCCAGUAGCUCUGGGCGCUUUCAUAACACAAAUGUACCGACGGGUGGAUCUGGAUCGGGAGCCAGUGCGAGUCCGUCGCUAAAGAAUCUACUAUCAUAA